UUUUUACGCAAAAAACAGGAAGUCAGCGCCUAAAACUGCUCGUGCUAAUGUAUUUGUAAACCAAAAUAACGAAGACAAUCCUGUAAAUAGGACGUUUAUUUAUGUGACUGGGAAUUUAUGAGUGUUUGUUGAAACUGCUUGGAACUAAAAGUACUGAACCUGAGCUCUGGCUGAGCAAAUACAAGUGAAUCUAUGAAAGUGAAAGUAAGUUGGCUGUCUGAGACAAGCGGGAGACAACCACAGGAGAAAUCAACAGAAUGGCUGCCAACGAAUCAGCAUCUGAAGUGGAUUGCACCUGCCCUGUGUGCUGUGAUAUAUUUAAGGAUCCCGUUGUCUUGUUGUGCGGCCACAGCUUCUGUAAGCACUGCCUUCAGGAGUGGUGGAGACAGAGCAGACUGCAGACAUGCCCGGUCUGUAAGGAAAUAUUUCCAAUGGCGCAGCCUCCACGUAAUCUGGCACUGAGAAACCUGUCUGACACUUUUAGACGAGAGAGGAGUCAGAGAUCUUACUCAGGAUCUAAGGAGUUUUGCAGUCUGCACAGUGAGAAACUCAAACUCUUCUGUGAGAAUGAUCAACAGCUCAUCUGUGUGAUAUGUAGGGAUGCACAAAAACAUAAGAAACACAACUGCGUCCCCCUCAGUGAAGCAGCAGAAGCCCAUAGGGCCAAACUCAAGGUUGAAAUGAUGCACUUAAAAAGCAAACUGGGUUCAUUUAAAACAGAAAAACACAACUGUGAUAAAAUGGCCGGCCACAUCAAGCUCCAGGCUCAGCAGACGGAGAAGACAAUCAAAGAGGAGUUUCAGAAGCUUUACCAUUUCCUGCGAGCAGAGGAGGCUGCUAGGAUUGAUGCUGUGAGGAAAGAGGCGACGCUCAAGAGUGAGGCAAUGAACAUCAGGACUGUUAAUUUGACUGCUGAGAUCUCCUCCCUCACAACCAGAAUCACAACCAUAGAGAGGGAGAUGAAGGCUGAGGAUAUCUCAUUUAUGCUGAAUGUCAAAUCCACUAUGGAGCGCGUGGAAAUGAUGAACUCUGCCACUGACAAGUCAAACUACUACAUAGAGAGAUCCCAAUGCAACCUGCAACAACCAGAGACUCCAUCAGGAGCCCUGAUCGAUGAGGCCAAACACCUGGGAAACCUGCUGUUUGCAGUCUGGAGGAAGAUGACGAAUAUAAUCCAAUAUACUCCUGUAACUCUGGAUCCCAACACUGGUGACUCGCUUUUAGUUAUAUCAGAACACAUGACCCGUUCAACAAAAAGCGACAAGAUUCAGCAGCUUCCUAAAAACCCAGAAAGGCUGGGCAUCUUAGAUGUUCUUGGCUCUGAAGGCUUCAGCUCUGGAAAACACAGCUGGGAUGUGGAGGUGGGGGGUUAUUGGGCUGUUGGUGUGGCUGCUAGAACCAAGGAUCCAAUCAAUGAACGCAGCUGGGGCAUCUACGUGUGUGUUUGCACUAACAUUCUGCGUGAACGUACUCCAGAGGAUUAUGUGAAAAUUGUAUCUGAAGACUCAUUUCCCCAAAAGGUCAGAGUGCAGCUAGAUUAUGACAAAGGAAUAUUAUCAUUUUUUGACCUUGAUAGGAAAACACCUGUACACACCAUCAAAUACACUUUCACAGGAACGGUCUUUCCGUAUUUUUGUGAGAAUGCAAAAAUCCUCCCAGCUGAAUUGUCAGUGAGAAUAAAACAACCCAGAUAGACAUUCUGCAUUACUGCAGAGGUCAAACAACAAGAGGAGGCCUUGAAACUGCCUUAUUUAGGUGACUUAAGUGCUUACGAUAUCACCUACCUUAGCAAAUCCUGGACUUGUUGCCACAUUAAGUAUGUCACUUUUUAUUACUGUUAAAUAUAUUUU